AUGGGAUUACUUCUAAUUGUAUUAGAAAUCAAUUUCGAUUUUUCCCAUUCAAAAUUGUCAAAUGCUUUUCAUAUUGGCAAGAAAAGUCCUGUUGCUGAAAUUUUAAAAGAUGCAAUUGAUGAUGACUCUUAG